AUGACAUUCCAUCAAGUAUUUCUACCACCUCCAACAAUCCAACCCUUCCCUCCAUUAAACGACAAUUCGAAGUUCGAACUCAAAUUCUACACCUUGCAAUCUUCCCCUAUCGAACACUCGCAAGACUACUCUCAGUCACUGUCUCUACGAAAUCGACUAGCUGGGAGGGAUUCAACAUGGAUAGGAUUCUCUCAAGGUGGUUUGGAGAGCUUGGAGAAAAGUACUAUUCUAGGUAAAAGGCCUGAAAGAUCUGAAGAGGAUAAUCCGGAUCACGGAGGAGAUUGGAAUUCGGUAGAGGACAUCUCAAAGGAUGUCACUGGGGCUGCAGAUACUUCUGGAUUCCAUCCACUGACAGAGAAGAAAGUAGAAAAGGUCAUUGUAAGAGAUUUUGAGCUUGAAGAAGGUAGACGACGAUCUAGACGGGUCACAAGGCAAUCAAUCUCACUACUCAACACUCUCCCUCAGAUAUAUCCUUCCGCUCCUCCCGAUGUAACGAAAGAAACACAAGAUGAAUCCGUUGAUUCCCUAUCAACAACGACAACCUCUUUUCCAAGUCAGAGUCAACUACUCACCAAUCCUGGAAAUACAUCCGUAUCGAAUUUACCUAGAUGGUUAAUCCCUUUACAUAGACUGUCGACCCUUCAUUCGCUUUUGUCAUUCACGUCAAGGGGGAAAGUGAUAUGCUCGGUGAUAGUCUGUGUAUUAGCUUGUGAACCUAUAGUGCAGAGACAGCGAAAGAGCACUGUCCAAUCUGGGUUUUCGAGAAGGGUGGUAGCUCAGGAAGAUAGAGUAGGUAGUAUAUUGCAUAUUGGUAAAUGGACGGUGACUGCUCAACCCUCGGCAGGAGAAGUGGAAUUGACGAGUAUAGUGAGAUCGUGGGAUGAUUGCGCGUUGGAGUAUGGAGAGAAAGUGAGGAGAGGGGACGUAGUCCUGCUAGAGAAUGUCGAAUAUAAACCCUUAACAGCUAAAGAACCUUCUCAUAUCUCCAUAUCACCUCAUCACUCACCUAAAAUUACUAUCUUGUAUCGUACUCUGCCAAGAUACGAAUCAGCCGCCCGAAACGACUAUAUAUAUCAGCCGCCAAUCAGAUUGGGUAAACCACCUACGACAGGAGGAAAGGGGACAAGAGGAAGGAUGUUACUAGAAGAUAAGAUGUUGAGACCUGAUUUGAGAUUGGGAAGAAGUGAAGUCGGAAUUAGGAGAGUUGAAGGGAUCGCGAAAUGGUUCGCGGAGUUUGUGGGAGGAGAGGGACCGGGAUGA